AUGGCUGACUGUAAGCUUCUGGGUUUGUUCUUGGCUAUCAUCGGCUUUUUGGGGAGCAUCAUCACCUGUGUGCUCCCCAUGUGGAGAGUGACGCCCUUCAUUCGUUCCAAAAUCGUCACAGCUCAGGCAAUUCAUGAGGGCUUGUGGGUGAGUUGUGUGGUCCAGAGUACGAGCCAGAAGCAGUGUAAGGGCUAUGAUUCGAUGUUGGCCUUACCUCAAGAACUGCAGGCUAGCAGAGCGCUCAUCAUCAUCACCAUCUUGUUAGGGUUCUUUGGGAUCCUGUUUGGUGUAGUUGGAAUUCCUACAACCCAAGUCCUCAGAGGAGGGAGCUGGGAUCAUCGCUUUACCAUCGGCUGGGGCUCUGCAGGACUGCUGUUCCUGGGAGGAGGCCUCCUCUGCAGCUUCCGUCCUCGUAUGAAUGACAAUGACUUUUUGGAGGCAACAGAGUUUGAGGGUCGACCCCAGAAGAUGCGGGAGAUUCGGGCAACCGUGGCUGAUUUGACCUGGCAGGGAAGGACCUACCUGGGCAGGCUGGUAGGGGAGCAGACGUUGCUGUCGGUGGAGAAGCGCAUGAAGCAGCAGAUCCAGGCCCCAGAGUGCAAGAGUCCAAGGAGGACCAUCGGAGGGGCAACCGUGUCACCCUCGGUUGAGGAGCUGAGUAGAGCCCCAUCGAGGGGUCACCCAGCAGCCACGGAGCAGAAGCCACAGGGGUCUGCACCCCCAGGUCCAGGUACCACCACCCCCAGGGGGGGAAACACACCUAGAUCCAGGAGAUGCUACCCAUUUCCCCGGGGUGGAGACUCCCCCGGCCUCGCAGUAGAAGGGAGGCCCCGCAUCCCAGACAAUCGGACGGCCAACUCCUCCUCUCCGCCCCUCUGCCCCAAUGGCUAA